CAAAAUGGCGGCACACAUGUUCAAACGUGGGUUCGUAUGGAGCAGGACUGGGAUGAAAGUCUGGGCUGCGGCAGGCAAAAGAUCUAUUCUGUCAGCUGCUUAUGUGGACAGUUCAAAAUGGGAAGAGAGAGAAAAAGAUAAGCAGAAUCUGGCUGAAUUGGCCAAUUUGAUGGACAGAACUUAUGAAAGAAAGCUUCCGGUCAGCUCCUUAACUAUAUCCCGGGUUAUUGAUAACAUUUCUUCACGGGAGCAGGUGGAUCAAGUUGAGUAUUAUCUUUACAAGUUUCGUCACAGUCCCAAUUGCUUUUACUUGAGAGACUGGAGCAUCCACUCCUGGAUCAGGCAGUGCCUUAAAUUUGGAGCACGGGACAAAGCCUUGUACACAAUACAGAAUAAGGUGCAAUAUGGAAUUUUCCCAGAUAAUUUUACCUUCAAUAUACUGUUAGAUUCUUUUAUAAAGGAUGGGAAUUAUAAAGAUGCUAUGGCUGUGGUUACUGAGAUAAUGAUACAAGAAAGUUUUGAUGAAGUGUCUACACAACUUCUUGCACUUUUUGUCAUGUAUAACUAUUUGGAAAACAAAGCAGAACUUACGUGGGAAGAAGAGAGAGAUCUCGGAGCAUCCCUGUUGUUAACAGGCCUGAAGCAGAGCAACACAGUGGGCUUCAGCUCUCAGUUGUAUGGUUAUGCACUUCUCGGAAAAGUGGAGCUGCACAAGGGACUACGAGCUGUAUACCACCAAAUGCCACUCAUGUGGACCCCAGGUUAUCUGAACAGAGCCUUGCAAGUGAUGGAGAAUGUGGCAUUACUUCCUGAGAAUGUAAAGCUCUGUAAAGAAGCUGCUGAUGCUCUGGCAGCCAUUUUGCAGCCUGUUCCCCUGACAGAGACAUCUCAAGAAGAAGCAACGGCAUCAGAAGAAACACUAAAGCAAGCUCAGUUUGAAGAAACAGAAAAGCUUCAACUUCCUGAGUACCUUGAGCAGUUCAAGGACCUGCACGCUAAACUGCAGUCGCUCGGCAAGGUGGACUCCUCGAGCUUGUUGAUGUUGACCACGCAGCUUGUUGAGGAAAAGCGGACGAGAUUUGAAGAGGAGGACCUUGCAAAAUACGAGCAGAAGCUGAAGGGAUGGGAACAGGAGCGGGCAGUUCUGAUGGAAAGGGAGAGAGAAAUGAGAGAAAAGGCCCGGCAGGAGCUUGAAGCCCGGAAGGCUGCAAAGGCCGCAAAAGCUUCCCUUUAAUCUUCCCUGUUAAAGACUUUUGUUAGGCUCCCUUUUCUCCUGGCUGUAAAAUGAAGAAUGUGCUUUUAUGAAGGUUGCCGAGUAGCCCCGUCGUGAUAUGGUCUUGACUAUCUUGCAGAUUAAAUAUUUCUGGAUCCCUCUUGCAAGACUGUUCAUUUCCUCCCCUCUUUUAGCCUGUAAUUAUGAUUGCUCCUUUUGUCUGUGUUGUGUCUGGAGCGAAGAUCUGUCAUGUAAUAGAAUGCUUCGUUUCUAAAACAAGCUUGGAGAGACAGUAUGCAAAAUGCUAUUGCCACAGUAUUUGUUAUCGUGCUGUUGUGUUUUUUUUAAAGUUACUACCAAUAUUUCACAUUUUUCCUACUAAUAUUUUAGGUUCUGGCCACAUUCCCCUCCCCUCCUAGUUUAGGGGUUCACAUAUAGUUCUCCCUAGAUCUAUUAACAGCUAAUAACCUUGAUAACUAAAAAUGGAAUUUGCUCAUUUAGAGGCACUGUACCUUGAUUAAUAGGGGUUUUCUAUGUCAUGCUCUGUUUGGAAAGUUUUCCAGGGGCUUCUGGCUAGCCAACAGCUGUGGAGAAAAUGCUGGCCUGAAUGGACCACUCGUUUAAUCUGGCAUACAGUUUUUUAUGUUCUUUCACAGCAGACACAAACAGAAGCUUCCAAAGCACAUGCAAUGUGAUGCACCUGCAGAUCAAUUUCUACCAUUUCCUUGGCUGCUUCCCCUCCUGCUUUGGCUACCCAUUCCUGUCAGCUCUACAGUUUCUGUGAAACAUAAACAUAUGGUAAUCUUGUACGGGACUAUUGUGAUACAUGUACUCGAAACUGAUUUU